CCGAAUAGUGAAGAUGAUCGUUGUAUUGAUAGCGGUACUGGUUGUAGCCAUCUACUAUUUCGGUACCCGCAAUCAUGACUAUUGGGCCAAGAGAAAUGUCAAGCACGACCCCCCGGCGUUUCUGUUCGGGAACAACUACAAGGGCUUCAUUGGACGGCAAAGCUUCACAGAGGUAGCCAAUGACCUCUACAACCGGUUCCCAACCGAAAAAGUAGUCGGCUUCUACAGGGGCUCCACUCCGGAGCUAUACAUAAGAGAUCCAGAUAUCAUCAGAGAUGUGUUGAACAAUGAUUUCGCUCAUUUCUAUCCUCGGGGACUAGGAAGAAACCCAAAGGUAGAGCCGUUGAUAGCGAACUUGUUCCAAGCGGAAGGAGAUCUAUGGAAGCUUCAGCGACAGCGAAUAACGCCCGCGUUCACGACCGCUAAGCUGAAGGCGAUGUUCCCGCUGGUGGUAAGGUGUGCGGAGCGCCUUCAGGGAGUGGCGCGCGAUGCCGCGGCCCGGUCUGAUACCUGCGAAGUUCGCGAGCUGAUGGCGCGCUUCACCACAGAAUUCAUCGGCGCCUGCGGCUUUGGCGUCGAUACCGACUCCCUCGGAAAUGAAGACUCCGCCUUCAGAAACAUCGGCAGGAUGAUGUUCGCUACCCCACUUCCAAUCUUAAUUAAGCUCAUGCUGUGGCAACUUUUACCACCGCUAAGAUCGUUCCUUUAUGUUGCCAAUCCGAAAGUUCGUGAUGCCAUUUUUGAUUUGGUGAAAACCGUCAGAAAAGAUAGACAAUAUAAGCCUUCUGGUCGUAAUGAUUUCAUAGAUCUACUCCUAGAAUUGGAAAGCAAGGGAAAAAUCGUAGGAGAAUCAGUUGAGCACCGGAACGCUGACGGGUCCCCCGUAAUUGUGGACAUGGAAAUGGAUAUCAAAAUGAUGGCUGCCCAAGUGUUUGUAUUCUUUGGUGCAGGUUUUGAAACUUCGUCGUCUGCUACAAGUUUUUUAUUGCACCAACUGGCAUUCAAUACCGAAACACAAACCAAGAUCCAGUCGGAGAUCGAAGAAGUGUUACAAAAAUAUGACAAUAAGCUGUGCUACGACGCGGUAGCGGAGAUGACGUUGCUUGGUAUGGCUUUCAAGGAGGCAAUGAGGAUGUUUCCAUCGCUGGGCGUACUAAACCGUGUGUGCGCUCGGUCUUAUACAUUCCCUCAACUAGGUUUGACUAUUGAUCCUGGGGUAAAAAUUGUGAUCCCAUUGGAGGCGCUGCAAAAUGACGAGAAGUAUUUCGAUAACCCGCGGGAAUUCCGGCCGGAGCGAUUCACUCCCGAAGAAGUGCAGAAGCGACAAAAAUACGUAUACUUGCCUUUCGGAGAUGGGCCCAGAGCGUGUAUAGGAUCCCGUCUAGGCGAGAUGCAGUCACUGGCGGGACUAGCAGCGGUGCUGCAGCAGUGCAGCGUGUCGCCGGCGCCCGGGACCCAGCGUGUGCCGCCGGUCGAUUCCCGCUCGAACGUCGUACAAGCCGUCCGGGGAGGAUUGCCACUCAAACUCACCAAUAGACGUUGA